CCCGGGCCCCAAUCCCCAACGUGUCUCUGUGUCCCUGCCCAAAAUCUAUUAUUAAUUUAUUAUAAAAAAUUGACCAAUGAGAUAGAGAGUUUAGGUAACAGUAACAAAACUUCAGCUUUAUAUAUAUUAAUUUCAUUGUAAAAAAAACUUAUAUUCUAUUAAUAUCUAUUUGUUUAAAGCUGAACGAGAAGAGAAGACAAGUGUAUGAUAUGAUCACAAUAUCAGAUCUCAGCUUUCAUUACUUUUUCUUAGGGUAAACUGCAAGUUUGGUCACUAUGUUUACCAAAAAUGGUUCACGUUUGGUGACUACUAAUAUUUAAUUUCAUUCGUGGUCACUAAGAUUAGUUCAACAGUUCAAGUUUGAUCACUCUCCAUUAGUCUUCGUUAACUUUUAUUGAUGUGACGGUCAAUCUUCAUUAUUGACUAGGGGUGGAAAUUGGGGUGGGUGUGGUUACCCGCCCCACAUUUUGCGGGUAACCACACCCACAAAUGUAGAAUUAUGCUAUCCACAACCCGCCCCGCAGUGGGUAGUGGAUAACCACAACCCGCUGCGGGAUGGUGCGGGUUGGUUGUGGAUACCCACAAAAAAUUCACAUUAAAUAUAAUAAUAUGGUAAUUAAAUAGUGAUGAUGUAUUUCUUCUCAUACACAAACAAAAACAUACAUAAUAGAAAGUUAAUAAAGUGUUAAAUAAAUUAUAAAUCUCGAAUACAAUAGGUUUGUUAGUGUAUAAAUCUCGAAUACAAUUAGAAAGAGAUUUGAAGAUAACGCAGGCAGAGUGACCUGUUACCAGAAAAACAUCGUUGCAUGUCACGGCUCCUCCGAUGGCAAUGAAAGAAAAACACAAAAGUGACUCGAUAAGUGGAGGCGCCUGCAUUUAAUGAUUUGCUUAUUCUCCGUUCUCUGUUAUAGUCUUGUAUUGUUGGUAGUUGGUUGCAUGUUGUGUUGUUCGUGAAUUCGCGGAGAAAUGGAGAUUAUUUUGGGUAUCAGACUAACCUUUAUAAAUUAUUCUUCUCUUUUAACAAAUCGACUAAUUUAUCUGACUAUAUCUAUGGACUUGGUUUUGUUAUACAAUAAACAUAUACCACCCGGACAAUCCUUAUUUGAUAAAAAUAUCUCAUAUGAACAUUGCACAUUGACUUGGUUUUGUUUAAUAGAAUAAGUGUGUAUUUGAUUUUGGUAGCUACUUUAAUUCUUAGUCUUCCAAGUUUCAUAAACUAAUGUGGUUAAUGUGGGUUACAAAGUAUUUGAAGAAAUAAAUAUAAUUAAUGUGGUUAAUGUGGAUUUUGUGGGUAAACCACUGUGGGUACUGGUUAACCACUAACCACAAAAAUCAAUAUUUUACUACCCACACCCAACCCACUAUCCACAAAUUGUGGGUAUGGAUAUCCACAAAGUGUGCGGUUUGCGGGUUACCCGCAACCUGCAAACCAAACUUCCACCCCUAUUAUUGACCAUUAAAUAAGUGAGGUGGCUAUUAAAAAUUAAUAAACAAUAAUCAUUUUAAAUUUACACCUAUUUUUUACAACUAUUAAAAAAAGAAAGCCAAAAGUUUGUUGUUCCCCGCCGUUGAGGAACCCUCCGCUUCUCUUCCGGUAACGAGCGGACCACCGUUUCAGGUCGCCAAGGAGAUCCCACUAGUUGCUGUUGACGAAUUGUUGUUCAGUACUGGAAUCUUAACAAAAACACGAAAAACAGAGAAGAAUUAGAGGAAUAAAUGGCAUUGAACGUGGCUCACCAUAUUGGAGCUCUCGUCAGGGCUCCAAUUCGAGCCGAGGUCGCCGUGCCUUCAAUCGAUUCUGUCGCGGCGAUGGUGUGGCCUUCCCCAGCACCAAUUAAUUGCAAGAUCCGGAAGAAAGACGACGGAGAGGAGGUCACAACCGACCAGCCCUGCAAGUCCCCCAUCAUGGGCAGUGGUGAGAGGCUAUAUCUAUCUGCCGCGUGCCUCGCGUUCGCGACGAAGGCUGCGACACCACCCCUUUCAGGCCACCGGAUCUGCCACGAUCUCCUCCAGAUCUGUCAUCAUUACCUUCAUGUGUUGGCAAAAGGGUCGGGUCUCAAGCGUUGGGGAAAGCCUCGAGGAGAGGUGAACAUGCCUUUAUGCCUCGACUCCGCCAUCCUCCUUGCCGACAGAUCUAGAAUCUUCCUUCAAUCGAUUUUGCUGAAGAAUCUUUAGGUCGGGAUUGCAGAAAAUGGGUUUCGAGGUUCUCGGGAUAAUUACUCUCCCGUAAUGCCAAUAAUGCUCUACAAUAAUCCAGCCAAAAUCCCUGCAAUCUCCAGGGAGUGUCUAAGGCAAAAGUAAUUGAAAUCUUCUAAUUCUCAAUUGUUUUCGAACAUAGGGUCAAAGAAGGAGUCUCACCUGGCGUGGGCUAGAUUGGCGCCAAACUACAAUGGCCUCGAAGAUUUUUCAAACAUAUUAAAUAUCACUAUGUCCUGGUAGUGACAGUGCUUUUUCAGCAAUCCUUGAUUUUCCUAUAGGUGGUUGGCGACGACGGGUGAAAUUUGUUGGAGGAGAGGGGAACGGAGAAGAGGAUGGCAUUUUCUUUACUGUGGGCUUUUUGUUUUGCUUUUAUAAAAAAAGGAAUAAAUGCUUGAUUAUCUU